AUGCCUCAAAUGAAUUCAUCAAACAAGUCGGGCAAGCAGAGCAAGGCUGCCAAAGCCGCCAAAGCCAUCCUCCAUCCCAAGUCGACCAUCGCUGCUGCCAAGGCGAACCACAGUCGUUCUUCCAGCGUCGAGUCCGCCAAGGUCUCGGAUGCAUCCAUGCCUACCAAGUCACCUGCUUCAUCGAUCAAGAAAACUCCGUCCAAUGCAAGUAUCGCGUCAGGUGCAGCCAGAGCAUUGUCAAAGCCUCCUUCGGCUUCCGCAAGUCCGGCAAGAAACACUGCAAGCCUGCCAACGUCCGCGCAAGCACCAUCGUUUCUUGGCCCUCCCGUCAACAAUGAUUUACUCAGUAUGAAGAAGCAGGCAAUCGAAUGCACCAAGUCAGCGCAGCAGACUCCUCCCACCGCGCCUGCUUCCCUUCCUCCUGCAGUUGCUGCACUGUCUGCACCUCCACGCGCUAGUCCUGCGGCCAUCCCAGUCGCACAGUCGACGUCUGCCAGCAGUACCGCAGCUCCGGUCAGCGCUGCUGCAGACGUGCCCUACACCAUCGAGGAGACAUCUGUCGAGUCGCAAGUCAACAAUGCUCCAGUCGAGCCUUCGCUUUCUGCUCACACUGACAAAACUCCAGCCCUUGAUCCUUCAGUCAGCGCGCCAACCGUCACGGCGUCGACCGUUACACGAUCAUCGCUCGGUCAACAGUCCGCACCAUCCGCACAAGCAGACAAUCUCGUCUCCUCACAUGACUUACAAGACCCGAAAGCGAAAGCGACACAGCAAUUCGCAUCGGAAGUCGCUGAAGCCCUCGCGAAUUCGACACUUGAUCCUCAACAAGUAACUUCAGACGUCGCUGCUGCUCCCACUCCAAUCGCUCUUACAAUCGUCAAUAAGGCUGCCGAGGUAGUCGAUUCGACCGAGCCAGACUCAACACCUUCUCUUGCAAACACAUCCACCUCUAAGUCCACCGAAGCGGAGCCAGCUUCAGCAGAAGACUUUGCCGCAACCGUCGCCGCUGUUGUCAAGGUAUCCUCGUAUACUCCUCCCGAACUUGCCUGCGUCCAGCACAACACGUUCGUCUCUCGACCUACACACCCCUCGCGAGCUGGUAUCGACAAACUGGACGCCUCUACACUCCCUUUGCCCUUACGACGGAUCGAUGGACAGGGAGGCGUUGUGCGUUCUCCUAGCCACGUCAUCAUCUUCGGCUGGAUGGACGCGCCUAUCCGACUGGUUUGCAAGUAUGCCCAACCAUACACCGUUCUCUUCCCAGAUGCGACCAUCUUUAUCCAGCUUUCGGAUGGAAAGAGUUAUCUUGCUCGAGAAAAUGUGAGGAGGGAGCAGUUGCAGCACGUCAUUGCUGAAAUCAGCUCUUCGUCCAAUGCUCCAGAAAAAGGGUUCAAGGAGGUGCAGACCAAAGAUGUCGGCGAUUCGACGAUUACCCUAAUCGACCACAGCGAGGCUCGCUCAUCUUCAUCGUCUGAGGAUGGAAAGGAGGCAGCGCAGGUAGGCGGCUUUGUCAUUCACAGCUUCUCUGAUGGUGGAGCAGGCAAUCUGGCUCUGUUCCUCGACGAGAUGGCCCGUCGCAAAGGCGCGAGCGCAAGAGUGCACUCGCUCAUCAUGGACUCGAGCCCGGGCAAGUCGAAUGCCAAGACAGGCUCGAUUGCAUUCACCAUGCAUCUGGCCAACCGCCCACUUUUGCGGGCAAUCGUGCGAUUCUUUGUUUACCUCGGGCUGUACUUGCUCAAGAUCUGGACCAAGCUCACUGGUCAGCCUCAAAGGGGUGAAUUGAUGAGGAAGCGACUCAACUCGCUCAGAAGUUGGAGUUGGGUCACUGCUUCACACACGCCCAAGCCACAACAAGUGGAGAAGAAGGCAGACGCAGAUUAUCCGCCAAGAAUGUACAUGUACACCAAAGCGGAUCAGCUGAUUCCUUGGCAAUUUGUUGAAGAGCAUGCACAUGACUUAGCCAGGAUCAGCGAGGUGCAGCAGGGACUAGUACAGAUGGAGAACGAGAGCGAGAGGCAGAAGCUGCUUGAAGCUGUCAGGCAGGGUAAGACGAGGUCUGAGAGAGAGUACAAGGUCGAGUUGAGGAGAUGGAAUACUCCUCCGCACUGUAGUAUCGGGCGAUCUGACUUUGAGGGUUACUGGGCCGCCCUGAUAGACUUCUAUACGAAUGUGCUUAGUCGCGGAUAG